AUGGCAUCAAUGUUACAUCCACACUCUAAUAAUGUUAGAGUUCCAGGUAAAAGAAUAGAUGAUGCAUACAAUUUAUUUAAUGGCGCAUUCUUGAAUAUGCCAAUUUCAAAGACUGAUAUUCCAAUUGAACCAGUUGUCAUUUUAGAUGUUAAUCAACCAAUUGAAGAAGGUUACAAGAUUGUAUCAACCAAAUUAGCAGCACCAGUAUUUGAUAAAACUAAAAAUCAAUUUGUUGGAAUAGUUGAUAUCAAACAUUUCCUUGGUUACAUUUUAUAUAAAAUGCCUUUCCCUCCAACUGGUGUUGAAGAAAAACAUACAAUUUCUGAACUAUUAAUGUUCCCAUGUUAUGUUUUGGAUAAAAACUCAACCAUUUGUGAAUUAUUCAAAUAUUUUAAUACUGGAGUACAUUCUGCUUUUAUUUUAAAUGAAAAGAAGCAAAUUCAAAUGAUUAGUCAAAUGUCUUUAAUUAGAUGGAUUAGAGAACAUAUUAAUGAAAUUGGAAUUGGAGGACAAUCAAUUGGUCAUUUAGUAAAGGAUGACCAAAUUCAUAAAUUUAGCAAGGUAUUUUCAAUUGAUGAAAAGGAACCAGUAGUGAAUGCCCUUAAAAUUAUUUACACUGAAAAUAUUUAUGGAAUGCCUAUUUUAAGAGAUGAUCGUGUUGUUGGAAACAUUUCCGUAGUGGAUUUAACUCUGGCCCAAGAUAAUUUGGACAAAUUGACCAUUCCAUUGUCACUCUUUUUCAAGGAUAGACCUGUCUUUACAUGUUGGAAGAAUUCCACCCUGAUCGAUGUUUUGGACAAGAUGAUUGAACAUAAUGUACACCGUCUCCAUGUAGUAGAAGGUGAUAAUCUUCCCUAUGGGAUCAUCACAAUUUCAGACAUUGUUCAUGUAAUGUUGGAACAAAGUGGGUUUAAUGCAUCCCAACCAACUGACAACAAGAUGGAUCAAAAGGUUACCCAAAAUGAAAAAGAAAUUCAAAAAGAUUUACACCAACAACAACAAAACAAAAAAGGAAGAGCAUCCAACAUUGAUAUAAUGAAUGACAAAGAAUAUUUAGGAAUAUUGAUUUUUAAAAGAGGACAUGUUUUGACGGAUAUUUCGCACAAUAAGGAAUGGGAACGGACGUGCGGUAAAAAUAAAAUUUCUAGCUUAAACAAUCAAUAUAUUUGUCCCUGCUUCCCAUUUAUCAUUCAAUCAAAUCGAUUUGAUUAA